UUAGGGUUUUCUUUUGAAGAUUUUUAUUGUUAUUACUGAGUUUUAUUUUACUUUUUGGAAAAUUUUGAUAGCGAUUUGAUGAGAAACACUUUGAUUUCGUCGCAAUUUUAUCUUGAAUGAUGAUUUCUGUGGAAAAGCUUCCACCUUGUAAGCUGUUUUUAGGGAAUUCUUUUGAGAUUUUUGGUUGUUAUUACUGAAUUUUAUUCUACGUUUAGAAAAGGUCUCCUUUUCUGGUGAUUUCGUUGUUUGUGGCGAAUUUGUGUGAUAGAUUUGUUGAUUGGAGUUCAUUUGUCAUUUUUUUUCCAUUUUUUGGGGAGUUUUUGUAUUUUUCCAUAUUGAUUUGCAGGGGUAGAGACCUCUCAAGGAUUAAAUCUCUUGAUUCCACUUCCAAUCUUUUAUUGGUAGCAAGAUUGGAACAAAUACCUGAUUUUAUUUUACUUUGUUCUUUAAGAUUUGUGUCUCUGAUCCUCUUUUUAUGAAGGUUGAGCAUUAGGUGUUUGUGAAAAUUCUCCUGUUAUUGUGUUGAAACUUCUUGUGUCUCUUAGAAAUAAGGUCCCUUGUUUUUUUAUUGUUGUUGUUGUUGUCGUCAUCGUGGUUGUGGGUUGGAGAAUGACAGGCUCAUUGACCAUGAUGGAUUCAAUGGCCAAAGUUGUUACUGAUGAAGCAUUCUUGCAGAAAGCUGAGUACCUUUCUGAUGAAAUGAUGAUGAUCAUCUCUGAUCUGGAGACUCACUGUUCCAACUUGAGCCUUGCUGAAGAUAAAGGAAUCGGUGUCAUUGAGAAGAGGUUGGAUGUUCUGCAGGAAAAGAUUGUGGCUUGGGACUCUGAUCAGUCCAUGAUAUGGGACCGUGAUCCAGAGGAGGCUUCCGAGUAUUUAACUGUUGUCGAUGAAGUUAGACAAGUUGUUGAGAGUCUUGGGAGCUUGCAUGCCAAAGUCAGGGAUGACGACUGUAAUGAGCUUGUACGCCGAGCUCAUAGCAGUCUUCAAAUGGCCAUGGCGAGGCUUGAGGAGGAGUUUGUCCACCUUCUUGUUCAGUAUCAGCAACCUGUGGAGCCUGAUCACGUGUCUUUUCGUUCCACGGAAGAUGAUCCAGUGGAUGAUUUGUCAUGCAGUUCAUUUGAUGAGGAGCCGAUUGUUGGCAAGAUCCGGAGUGAGAUCAGUCUUCAUUCAGAGGAAUUUGUGAUUGAUUUGGUCCAUCCCACUGCUGUAUUUGACCUUAAGUGCAUCGCCAGGAUGAUGCUGAUGUCUGGCUAUGAUAAGGAGUGUUGCCAAGCAUACAUCAAUGUUAGAAAAGAAGCAUUGGAUGAGUGCCUUUUGUUUCUUCGUAUUGAGAAAUGGAGCAUUGAAGAAGUUCUACAGAUGGAUUGGAGUCUCUUAAAUAGCAAGAUCAAGAGGUGGAACCGAGCCAUGAAAGUUUUCAUUCGUGUGUAUCUUAACAGUGAAAGACGUCUCUGUGACCUUGUUCUUGGAGAUCACUCCUUGUCUGGGAGGGAUUCUUGUUUUGUUGAAACCACAAAAGGCUCAAUCUUCCAGAUGCUGAAUUUCGGUGAAGCAGUAUCAAUAGGAAGUCCAAAGCCUGAAAAGCUAUUCCGGAUACUCGACAUGUAUGAGGGCUUGUCUCAUCUUAUUCCGGAUGUAGAGUCUUUAUUCUCAGAAGAACUUGGUUCUUCCAUCUUGACUGAAUGUCAGGAGGUUUUGUCAAGAUUGGGUGAAUGUAUAAGGCUGAUUUUGACCGAGUUCAAGAAUGCCAUUCGAAGCAACACAUCAACUAAUGCAUUUGCUGGAGGUGGAAUCCAUCCUCUCACAAAGUAUGUGAUGAAUUACAUCAAGGCCCUCGCAGAUUAUAGUGAGACCCUUGAUUUACUUCUUGAGGAUCAAGAUGACAAUGACUUGAGUGAGUCGUCAAAAGCAAUAUUGGGUUCUCUUGAGAAAUCAACUCCAGUGGUUCAUUAUCUCCUAUCAAUCACAUCUAUUGUUGAAUCCAACCUUGAAGGCAGAUCAAUGUUAUACAGGGAUGGUGCAUUGCAACACAUAUUCUUGAUGAAUAACAUAUUUUACAUGGUUCAAAAGGUGAAGGAUUCCGAACUUCAAAAGUUCCUUGGAGAAGAAUGGAUCAAGGAGCACAGUAAGACAUACAGGCACCAUUCCAUUAGUUAUGAGAGGACUUCAUGGAAUCCAGUGCUGUUGUUCUUGAAGGAUGAAGGGAUCUGCAAUCCAGGUUCGAACUCACCUUCGAAGACUGUUCUUAAGGAGAGGUUCAAAAACUUCAACCUCGUCUUCGAAGAAGUGUACAAGAGCCAGACAUCAUGGGUGAUUCCAAAUUCCCAGCUUCGUGUUGAAUUGAGGAUCUCGAUAUCUCUUAAAGUGCUACAAGCCUAUCGAACAUUCAUGGGGAGGUAUUCCAGCCAUCUGGACAGUGUGAGACAAAAGGACAAAUACAUCAAGUACUCCCCAGAUGAUUUGGAGGAAUUCCUGCUCGAUCUCUUCGAGGGCUCUGCGAAAUCACUGCAUUCCUUUCGGAGGAGGAUCAUCUCUAUACACAACAAGGAUCAGUGACAACAAGAAAUGAUGAAUAACUCUUAUGAACAUCUACAUAAUGUUUGAUGAAGUAAUUCAACUCAUGUGAAGAUCAAUGAGAUUGUACUCUCAAAGUGAAUGUGAACAUGAACUCUUGCUACCAAACUCACAGCACUCUUCAGAUUAGCUUAAUAUCUGCAAUGUAAAAUGCACUGUGAUUGUGUUACCGUUGUUGUUGUUGGAUGAGAGUUUCUCUUUUCUU